AUGUCCAAUGAAAGUUCCAUUAAUGAAUUUCUGCUCUUGGGAUUCUCUGAGGUUCGAGAGAUUCAGCUUGUACACUUUGUGAUCUUUCUGUUGAUUUAUCUAUCAGCACUCAUUGGGAAUAUCCUGAUAAUCACAGCUGUAGCAACAGAUCCUGGUCUCCACAGCCCCAUGUACUUCUUUCUGGCAAAUUUGUCUGUUAUGGACCUAGGUUACAUCUCAGUCACUAUACUCAAAGCAAUGGGUAACUCUCUCAUGAACACCAGGUUGAUAUCUUACCCAGAAUGUGUCAUCCAGGUUUUCUUCCUUUUCUUCUUCAUGGCAUCAGACUACUUCCUCCUCACUGUCAUGGCCUAUGACCGAUAUGUUGCCAUAUGUAACCCCCUGCAUUAUGAAAUGGUGGUGAAUAAGGAGGCAUCGAUCCAAAUGGCAGCCAUCACAUGGAUCAGUGGUCUUUUCUAUGCAACCAUACACACUGGAGCCACCUUUGCAGUCCCUUUCUGCUCCAACAUCAUCAAUCAGUUCUUCUGUGAGAUCCCCCAACUACUCAAGCUCUCCUGCUCUGACUUGUAUCUUAUUGAAGUUGCAAUGCUUGGUUUUAGUGCAUGUUUAGGACUGGGCUGCUUUGGCUUUAUAGUUGUAUCAUAUGUUGAAAUCUUCAAAACAGUGUUCAGAAUCCCUACUGUGCAGGGAAGAGAGAAAGCUUUCUCUACUUGCAUUCCUCAUCUCAUUGUAGUGUUCUUGUUUCUUUCCACUGGUACCUUUGCCAACCUAAAACCAACAUCCAGCAUCUGGGUAGGUCUGGACAGAAUGAUUACUAUGGCUUACUGUGUUAUUCCACCACUGAUGAAUCCCAUAAUUUAUAGCAUGAGGAACAAGGAAAUCAAAGCAGUGCUAUGGAAACUCUAUUACAGAUCUUGGAGUGAGCCCAUCAAAGGAAAACAAAACUGUGUAUCUCUGUGGCAUCGUAUUCAAUCAAGACACAAAAACCCCUGA